GCAGGGGAGUGGGGGCGUAUUAUUCUUUUAGAGGAAAAAAGCAAAACAUUCUUUUAUUCCUUACCGGUUGGCUUUUGGGGUGUCCCGGUUGGUGGAGAAGUCUUUACAAUAGAGUAGAAUAGAGUAGCUGAAUGUCAGACAUCGUUUGUAGAAUAUCCUAAUAAAUGUAUUUAAUUCCAGCCUUCUGCACUAAAAUCUAUAGAAAGCUGGCAACCUUUCUUUAGUAGUCUACAACUUGUCCUGCCUUAUUAUGAAUUCAAAACGUCUGUCAGACAACUCUCCUGUUGGAAUAAGGGUUGGUGCAUCGAAACAAGCGGAUAUUGACAGCCAUGCAAACGGUACCAAAAUACGCGACAUGAGCGUCGCUUCAGCGGACAGCAGUGUCCUACUGGCAUGCACAAACGGGCCCACAUCGGGAUCUGUCCUGUACACUAUCGUGCUUGACGAUGGUUCUUUGAGGGAAGUUACUGACAACAACGUCGCUCUCAAUGGAACUAAGCAGGAAGACAGGAGACAACUGGACAUGAAAAAAACCAUCUGCGGUGGCCAUGGCGACCAGAAAGACGCAGGUCCAAGUGGGGUCCUCAAGAGGGCCAGUCCCACACACUGUCUCAUUUUAAACGGUCACAAGUCAGAUGGACUUAUGCAGUGUGACACCAGGCUGACAGGGAAACAUCUUGAGGUGGUCAACGGUUACCAAGCAGCCCAGGGCCAGACGAUCCCACCUGAAGAGAGACACCCUCUCUCCUCAUCCCACAUACCUGUCCCCAGACACAGGAAACUAUCAGGUCAUGCUGACAAGGAAGUGAUGGCUGCUACCGUCCUGACCAGCCUCUCCACAUCCCCCCUGGUCCUCAACCCGGCCUCUGCAACCACAGCUGCAACCCUCGAGGCAGCCAACAGGGGGUGGAAGGAGGCCCUGUCAGCCAGCUACAGCAGCUCCACCAGCGGCAACUGGAGCUGGGAUGCCAGCGACCAAUCUGUGCCCUCCACGCCGUCUCCGCCUCUCUCCAACGACACCAGCAAGAGCUUUCUCCUCUCUUUCCAGGGUGAUGACAUCAUCCAGGAUGUCACUGAGAUCACACACUUCCUGUUUGAGGACCCCAUACCCCGGAAGCGAAAGAACUCCAUGAAGGUGAUGUUCAAGUGCUUGUGGAAAAACUGUGAAAAGGUCCUCAGCACCUCCUCAGGAAUCCAGCGGCACAUCCGCACUGUCCACCUGGGGCGCAAUGUGGACUCUGACUACAGUGAUGGAGAGGAAGACUUCUACUACUCAGAGAUCGAAGUGAACAUGGACAGCCUAUCAGAGGGCCUGUCCAGCCUCACGCCCACCUCCCCCACCACGGCUGGCCCCCCUCCCGUCUUCCCCCUGUCCUCCGUCGACGUCCCCCACUCGGAGCCCUCCCACAUCUCCAUCCGAGGAGGACAGAGCCACCUUCCCAGUCUGCUCAGCCAAUCAGCUCCCUCUACACUCUGCCACAUCCGCACUGACCACGCCUACCAGGCCACAGCUCCAGUGAGUAUCCCAGUGUGUUCGGAGCUGGCUGGGCCAGCCUCUGGCCGUGACAUCAGUGUCUCCUGGCAGUCCACUCACACCAUUUUUAAAGGCUUACCGGGUCCUCUGGCUCAGGUGAGGUCAGUAAGCAUUGGAGAGAAGAGGCAGCCCGCCCCCAACAUCCACACCACUGUUAGCAAAAGCCAUGCUUCAACAGCCCUCUCACCCAAACCUACCCUGGGAACCAGGAAACCCCGGGGGGAGGCGAAGAAGUGUCGGAAGGUGUACGGCAUGGAGAAAAGGGACAUGUGGUGCACAGCUUGCCGCUGGAAAAAAGCCUGCCAGCGAUUCACCGACUAAACCCCCACCACCCCCUCAUUGCUGAGAAGAACUCUCCCUCUGCCAGCGUUUCACAGAGGUGGACUCUUCCACUGAGGAGAUUAAGGGGUUUCAAUUUGAUGAAGCUCUCAGGGCACUGCUUCCCCCAGCCUACCUGGGGUCUGUCUGCUCGGCUCGCUUCUCCUAAUCCUCAGAAAGAAAACAAACUGAUGAAAAAAAAACUAUAAAAGAAAAAAAUCUUUGCGAAAAAAAUCUUCUGAUUUUAACUAAUUGGAACAAUGAGAUAGAUGGAACAAUGUUCAAAAGUGGUUCAGAAGUCAAAGAUUUGUUUUGUACUAAUGAUUUUUCCUGCCUCCAUUAGAGGGCAGUGGUUGAAGAUUUCAGAUAAGCUUUUGUUACUCAACAUGUUCUUUACUGGUCAGAGAACCAUGUCAUAUACUGUGUUCUGGGUUUCUUCAUGACAAUUUGUUGGGAAUUCAAGCUAACUGAUGUUUGUCAAAGCAUCUUUUUACAAUUUUUGUGUUUGACUGUCAAAGGACAACAAAUCAGCCAAAGGAAGAAACAUUGUCUCUUUGAAGCUUCUGUAGCUUUGCACAAUCUUGUUUAAGGCAUCACAACCAGUAGCAAGAUGUUAGGUAGCGGAUAAUGCACAGCUACAAAGCUAUACUUUGAGCUCUCUAAAUAGCAAUUGAAAUACACUAUCCUACCCCUUUGCAGCAACAUUUCCAUUACAUAUUAUAAUAGUUUUUUCUUUUAUCCUUUCUAUAGAGAAAUAUGCACCUUAAAUGAAUUAACUUGUCUUUCAAUGAAUAUGCUCCAGAAAGGGUAUUUACGUAUAUUCCUUAAAUUGAUUAUAUUCAACAAUCUGUUGCUGGGGCAACUAGCAGUUGCGCUGUGCAAUCAGCAGAAUUUGAUCAUGUCCUUUUGCUUUUAAAUGGUCAUUGCUCCAAAGGGGUGUUCAGCCAGAACAUCUCUGUAAUGUUUCUAGUUUCUGGCUGCUCCCUCAAUGUGAAUGGUACCAGUUCUAACAUGUUAGUUUAUACAGUCCGCUAUUUACCUGGUAUCUGGUAAGGAUCCUCAAUCAUCAACAAAUGAUCAAAAUAUAUGACCAAGUUCUUUACGUUUUUCACAUUCAAAGUAGUAGGUUUUCCUGCUAAUUCUUAUGUUGCCAAGUGGAUUGAAGGAGUCACAGUACAGAUUGAUGUGUUAACUCAUACCAGGUAAAUACACAACUGUUCCUUGA